GCCAACUUGACAUUAGUACCGUCAUUACAGAUGAGGACAAAUCGCCUUCACGCUUAGAACCUGUGUUUGUUGCAUGUAGAUGUAGCUGGAGUUGGGAUUUGAACAAAUGUUGGGGAUAUACAAAACGGUAACCAUCCUUCUCGGUACCCUGCCACCAAUACUUGCCUCAAAUACAGAAUGCGGCGGAAUUCUCACAGCAACAUCAGAACUGACAAACCUCACCUUCCCGGAUCAACCUCGCUCAUUCGGAAAGCUUUUCUGGUGCUCGUUGAUCAUUACAGCUGAAAAUGAAAACGACACAGUUCAACUGACAUCUCGAUAUUUCAAUCGUUACGGAUAUAUCGCAGGCAAUGAGUACCUUGAAGUGUAUAACGGUAACACCAGUGACGCGGAUCAGUAUCUUGGGAUUUCCUAUUUAAAGCAGACAGUGAACUACCAAAGUUCGACGAAUUCGCUGUUCAUAAAGUUCUACACAACUAAUAAUAACGAAAACUGGGAUGUCUUCAUGCUACAAUAUAUUGCACGAAAUGCUGACGACUGCAAUAAUACGUAUGUGGUGUAUUACACACCCAUGUUCAUUCUGUCACCUGGAUACCCCGACGCUUAUCAGAGUAACCUGGAAUGCUUUAUAGUACUGCUACACUGGAUAGAGCCGUCAAUGCAACCACAACUAGAAGUGGACAUCGUAAACUCUGACUUAGAUGGAGAAUACCCGCACUGCGAUAAUGCAUCGGUUACUCUUUAUCAAGGUGGAACUGGACAGCAGAUUGGACAGUUUUGUGGUGAUUCUUCAACAACCCCAAUUGGUCCGUACUACUCCAACGGAUAUGUAAUGACAAUGGUGUUCCAAACCAACGGUGACACAAGUAGUCAGAGCUUCCGAAUCCGCGUUUCACACAGUUCACGGAGAGUGAUAUAUCCCAAAUCAAGGGAUUGUGGCUCUCAGUUCCUCAGUGCAUCCAUAAAUAGACAGUUCCUACAGUCACCUGGAUACCCUGUACGAUAUAAAGCCAAUGAAAACUGUCGGUGGACAAUAACGGCUUCGCAUCCUAACAAGACCGUGCGCAUCGUCGUCAUUGACUCGGAUAUAUACACAUCAGAUGCAACAUAUAUAACCUGCAAACACGACUAUGCUUCGGCUUACGACGGACCUUCGAUCUUAAAUGACACGAUUGUUUCGUGGUGUGGCCCAUCACUACCGACUCUGCAAAGCACUGGAUCAGCUAUAACCAUUCAGUUCCACACAGAAUCGUUUGAUAAGCGGAAAGGCUUCAAGCUAGCAUAUUUUGAAACGGCUGAACUACGCCAAUGUGGCGGGACACUGAAUAUCAGUAUUAAUGAAAAUGCAACAUUGACAUCGCCUAACUACCCUGGGCCAUACCCAAACAACCAGGAUUGCAACUGGAUCAUAUAUGCGCCAACAACCAUGAUUAUUGAAGCUAGAGUCUGGCAUAAAAUGUCUGAAACAUGCACAGAUUAUCUGGAAAUAUACGAAGGCUUGAAAUCCAGUUCAUCAAGCUCCGGGAAAUUGUGUGGGCAUGGGUACCUCAACUACCUUAGUAACGGCCACAUCAUCACCGUCAGGUUCCACUCUGACACAUAUUCCCGAAGUCAAGGAUUUCAAAUGCUUGUCAAGGCGGUACACUUAAGAGUUUCAGAUAAAAGGGAACUUUCAUCUAUCGUUGGCGAGGACAAUAAUCUAUAUUCACCGAAUUACCCACUUAAUUACCCGACCAACACUGCGGUAAGCUGGAAGAUCACCACUCACCCAAAUAACACGAUCAAGAUCAACGUUCUUGAGUCAAGUAUUGAAAAGUCUAAUGGUUGUUUCCAUGACUACGUGGAGGCGUUUGAUGGUUCUGACUCUAACGCCAAGUCACUUGGUCGCUGGUGUGGAAAGAGUGAACCAACGAAAACAAGUUCUGGAUCAGUUAUGUUCCUGAACUUCAAGUCAGACGCAUCCAAUGUUGAUCGUGGGUUCAUGAUCACGUACACAAACCUAAAUAAUCAUCACAAAAAACCUGAUAAGAGGCCAUCUAAAGAUGCAAAUGUUGGGGACAUCGUUGGAGGUUCGAUUGGUGGCGCGUGUCUGCUGACUCUCAUACUAAGUGGAAUCGGUGUUUGCGUCUACAAACGAGGCCAGCGAAGCGAUACAAAAGACGUACCCAGCAAAAUUGACAAAGAACCUAUCAUCGACGCCAAGUCCCCAACCAGAAAGGCGACGAGUUUUACUGCGUCUCCGGAGUACAUUAACAUGGAAACAGCGUUCUGCAGACUUUAAAAAUCACCUCCCCAAAAAACAAAAACAAAAAACAAAAAAUAGUUACAAAAAUCAACAAACAAACAAAAAGCCAAUAACAAAACAAACAAAAACAAAUAAAAACAAAACAAAAACCAUACCAUGGAUUCUCCUGUUUAUCACAGAACAUUUCUGAUAUGAAGAUUAUGUUGACAGAUUCGUCAAGACACUCUCGGUCUGAGUCCAAUGUGAAUAGUACAACUACACAAAAAGAGGUGUUAAUCAAAUGCUUCUAUGAACGAGAUAUAAUCUCUGUUUUGUAGAGAAUGGUGGGAUGGAGCUGGUGAGGAUUGUGUCUCGAGUAUUUGUCAUUAACAAAUGGAAAUACAGUAUAAAAGAUAUUUACUUUUCAGGAACGCUAUCAUGCAUGCAUACAAACAUAUAUAUUACUGACAUUUAUUUUUCUAGUAAACAACAAACACUUUUUUAUAUACUUUGAGUAAAUACGUGCGCUGAUUAUCGGUCAUUCUUUCAUAUAUCUGUCAUCGUCUUUACUUUGUCGUUCACGUCCAAAUGGAAUCGGAUGAUGUUAUGACAUCUGAUAAUCGAGAGCUUUGUGUGAUAUAUAUUGAAAUGCAAGCUGACAAUAACCAGUGAUCGUGGUAUUUCUAUCAAAACCCAAGAUAAUAUACUUUCAUGGUUGAUUUGAGUUGAUUAUAAUAAUCAGGUCAAAUGAUUAAUUCUUUUAAUCUCUGUUAUCUCUUUUGCUUUUUGCUUCGAAAGCGUAAAUGUUAUAAUUAUUAUAUUUGCAUCAUUAUCGUCAAAUUACGUGUUUUCGAACAUCCUAUGUGUUUGGGCGCCAGUGUUUACUCUGUAACAAGGGAUGUUGCCAAGACAUUGUCAAUACUAGGAUAGUGGAUACUCAAUGCAUUAUGUGCUGGCGAUAAGGCGCCUCACUCUGAGAGUGUGGGUUCGAAUCCUGGAUGAGACUGAAUCCUAAAACGCUCUAGAAUCUGCACUUUAAUGAGAAACUAGAAUCCCAAGUAUGACACAAGUCACUUGAAUUUCGGCUUGCGUUUAAAAUAUUGUUGUCCUUUUUAAGCUAGUGAGAUGUUUAAAGUUGUUGAUGUGGUUGUCGGAAAACACGCAAACGAGGAGACACAGUGUUUAACUUUGUAAUAAAGUGAUCAGUGAAGAACAACACAGUUUUGAUUUGGUUAUCAAAGGUUGAUGACGUGUAAUCAUUUAUUUAUUAAAUACAGAACUGCCCAUUAACCAUUUCUCUAUGUAUGUGAUGUCUGUAUAAUAUGGAUACCUUGACGGUGAAAGAUUAUAUUUAAACACACCACAAAUGUCUGUUGAAUCACAAAUGCCACUUCGAUCUUUGACAUGAACAUAAUUUGCUGUGAUGUAUUGGGGCGUUGCUGAUAUCAUUAUCCAGAUUAUAUCAGUAAAUAAAUACAAUGUCGUGCAA